UCACUACAUACACCAGAGGCUAUGGUCAUAAGCGAAAUAUAUUUAAUCUGCACAUCUAUAAUGCGCUGGCCUUCCUGUCUCUGCUGCCCCCAAUCAUGAGGGCAGCUUCUUUCAAAUCGAUAGAAGAAAACUCUCAACCAUCCAGCCUUUUUACAUACCCGGGUCACCAGGACUUUGACUCGACAAUAUCUGACACUGGAACUCAUUUCUACGACCGCAAUCUGACGAGUCGCAGAUAUGCCCUUGUCGGAGUGGCAUGUUCAAGUAUCUUCAGCUGCUUAUGCAUCAUUGCAGGUGUUCUCACUUUAGCCAAACACGGAAUCUUGGGAGUAACUAGGCUGCCCUACCUCGUGGUCGAUAUGGAUGACGGCUCGAAUACUAGGCGAUUGUCGUUGCAGGGGCAGAUAUUGACCCUGAUACUUGACUUAAUCGUUACAUUAUGUACCGAGUCCGUAGGCUUUGUACACGGCAUCUCAUUGCGUUCUGCGCUAGCCUCAGAGUCUCGACUUCAUUUCAACACCAAUUUGCGCCUUUUGACCGCAGCUCGUGGAUGGCAUAACCCUAAUGGCGCCCUUCUCAACGGUAUCUCGGCUAUCCUCCUCAUUGUAUCUUACAGCUUGCCCUCGCUCAUCGUAUGUCCGGACGUCCGGGAGAUAUUACAAGUCAGUUCUGAAGAUGAUUCUAUCUCAGAGUCCCACUGGCAAGAGGGUCUUGCCAUCGCAGGGUUACCUCUACUCAUGUUGGGCGUCGUACUCCUCCUCCAGGUGAUGGUUGCAUUGUCAGGGAUGCGGGCUGCCAACAUAUUGACAUGGAGCUCCUCACCAUUCGACUUGACCGCUGCAUUGGUCCACCACACACAAUUGACCCCUGCUACUUUCCGAUGCAUGCGUCCUGUGUCUGACAUAAACAUUUAUGAAGGUCCAGCGAAACCACCAGAGACACAACCUUCUCCGUGGCAUGCCCACCCUAGCAUCCGGAAAGUCAUCAUUUUUCUUUGGGUCAUUGUUGCAGCAUGCGUUGGAUGGGCCGCACUCGUCAUGUGUAUCUGGGACCUCUUCGGCGGGUUUGAUUCUCCCCAGCUGAUCCUGCAAACGUGGUCGUUCUUCCACAACGAGAAGUCCAAUUACAUCAUAUAUGCUCUGCCAUACGUCGGACCUGAGUGGUGGAUUCUGCUUUUUGUCAACAUCGUAAUGGUCCAGGGACCGUUGACGCUUGGGCUACAUUGUUCGGAGCUCAUCACAAAUGUCAUUCGAGACGAAAGACAGUGGAGAUGCGCUACUGGAAGGAAAGGACUUCGAGUGGCGACGAACCCGCUGAAGUCGGUUUUGACUGAUCCGAUCUGUCUCAUACUUUUCAUCUCGAAGCCCUUCUUGCACUGGAUGUUUGGGCUUUCAUUCAGCACAGCUGACGACGCUGUUAACGAGCGCCUAGGAGGUGUGGCAGUAGUCAUGUUCACUGCCCAGAUCUGGAAUCUAUGUAUUGGGCUCUUCGUAUUUGCCUGCUUCUUCACUUUCAUCGCACUGCGCCGACCGUGUGGUCCUCAGCCGGCUGCAUACGGCCACCUCCAGACGCUCGCUAACCUCGUGGAUGAAUGGUCGCCUGUCAUGUGGUGGGGACACAAGGAGGAUGGAAUUCUGUACUGUCAUGCUGGAACAAGCGAUCAUCCGCUGCCGGAUGUGAAGAUGGACUGUGUCUAUGCUGGUUCCGGUGCUGGGCCUUCGGUACCCGUCUCAUGAGGCACUGGCUUUGCUUUUUAAAAGAGAAUUUAUUUAUUUAUCUUUUUAAGCAGAGAAGCUAUGUCCACGUCAGGCUGGCGAUGCAUUCGCGUUGUACGCAACCAACCAUACCAUUGAACGAGACUUACAAAUUUCAUGCUGUUUGCUGUGUUGUAUUUGGUUCUUCUUGUUCGAACUUUAUACUCAUCCCGGACAACUUUUAUUGCACCAGACCUUACUACUACAUUGUCAUACGAUGAAACCGUUCCAUCGUUGGACCAUAUUUCUGACUACAAUACCCUACACAGUCUGGAAGCGCCUCUAUAUUGUUCCAAAUGUAUUGCUUUCCGAUCAACAUGGAUUGCCGAUUCUCUGAUCGCCCCGAUUAGAUAUCGAUGAAGUAGACGGUCGUGCCAUGAGCGCCAUAUUAUUAAAGUGGAACCUGAGUAUGAUAUAUGACUUGGAGGUCGCGAGUUUCGAGAGAGAGACAAGAUGCAUAAGCAAUGAUCAUCAAG